AUGAAAGGAAAGUCAAAGGAAGCGUGCCAUAAUUACAUACGAGUACUCGCGAAGGAUGAUGGCAGCAACGUACUGGUCUGCGGUACCAAUGCCUUUCAACCGAUGUGUCGGAAAUACGAGCUCGAAAAAUAUGGUGAAUAUCGGCAAAAUCUGGAAUUCUCGGGUGUCGGUAUUGCGCCUUACGACCCAAACCAUAAUUCAACUUUCUUGAGAGAUGGCGAUCUGUUGUACGCUGGUACAGUAUCGGAUUUUUCGGGCACAGAUCCACUGAUACAUCGGCGAAACAUUUCAAAAAUUGUUGAUCUGGGUAUUCGAACGGAACGCAACGAUAUGAAAUUCCUAAAUGAGCCACAUUUUGUCGGAUCGUUUCGGGAUGAUGAGGUAAGUUAGCUCUAUUAAUCUAAUUUUUAUGCGUUUUUGCUGUGCAGCGCUAUAGCAACGCUAUAGCGCUGCUACAGCCAGCAAAAA